AUGUCGCACUGGGAAAAAGAGCAAGAGAGGUUAUUGAAGCUAUGGGAAGAAGUAGGAGCAGAAGACUCUGAAAAUGAGCAGCUAGAACAAGAAGCAGCAUCUGGAUCGGAAGCAGAAGAAAAUAAUAGUGAAAGGUCUACAAAUUCUGAUACAGAGCAAGAAAUAGAUGAGGAAGAUAUACUUCACUUGUCCGAGGCUACAACGUGCACAUCAAAUGAUAUAUACAUGGGAAAAGAUGGAGUUACAAAAUGGAGCAAAACUUGUGGAAAUUUAGCUGUGAAGACAAGAGCUGAAAACAUAAUUUCUCAUUUACCUGGAGUAAAAACAGAUUUCAAAAACAUCAAAGAGCCCUUGCAGAUUUGGAAAUGUUUUUUAUGUAACAAAUGCUCUCUGAUAUUGUAA